CGAAUAGGCUCAGUUAUCUGGCGUUUAUCCGCGCAAACUAGAGCGGCCGCGGUGUGUGGUGGUGAUUUCUGAGUUACCCGGUAGACAGGAGCCGUCUCGGCGAGCGAGAAAAGACUCGAGGAUCGCGAUCCAGUGGAAAUCGCGGUCCGGAAGUCCCUCCUGCAUCCACGGUCCAAGGUCAAGGCUAUCAACAAUAUGAGUAAAGAUUGUGGAAUAUGCGGGAUUUAUCCCAAGUGGUUGCGAAAUCGAGCCACCCCGAGAACCUUCAUUGCCGUCUAUGGUCUACUGGGCACCGUCCAGGCGAUGGCCUUCAUUUACAUCAUCGUCACCUUGACGACUCUGGAGAAGAGAUUCAAGAUUCCCAGUCGUACGACAGGGUUGAUUCUUUCGGGUAACGAAAUCUCGCAGAUCUUGUCUUUGAUCUUGACCUACUACGGAGGAUCUAGUCAUCGGCCGAGAUGGAUCGCGGUUGGAGUGGGCUGCAGCGCAUUGUCCUGUCUCGUAUUGGCCCUUCCGCACUUCAUAUAUGGCCCCGGGAAGGACGCCUUGGCAUUGACGAAAGAAUAUCUGGAUCAGACCCUGCUGAACAAAACGACCGUCUCAAGCGACCUUACAAUUUGUUUGCGCGCGGAUCAACCCGAACAAUGCGACGCCGAAACUAUGUUGAGCGUCAGCCUUCUCCCGCGACUGCUGGUUUUUAUAUCUCAAUUUAUUCUCGGUAUCGGAACUACUCUUUAUUACGGUCUGGGACAGACGUAUCUGGAUGACAACACGAAAAAGAAAAAUACACCUAUGCUCUUGGCCUUUACAUUUGCUUUACGCACGGUGGGUCCGGCGGUUGGAUUUCUAUUGGGUUAUGCUUGUUUGAGUUUAUACAUAGACCCAAAACUUCAUCCCGUUAUUACGCAAAAAGAUCCGCGAUGGUUAGGCGCGUGGUGGCUUGGAUGGAUCAUUCUCAGUAUUACAUUGGGCAUAUUCGCCGUUUUGAUCGCUAUGUUUCCACGCGAUCUUCCCAAAUCGAAAAAUAUCCCAAAACAGGAUGGCGAAAUACCUUUGAAGCAGGAUAUAAUACUUCAACAGAAAUUGCCGAUACAGAUGGAACCUAUGAAGCCGAUUCCUCUAGAGGCUGAAUACGUACCGACUAUCCGUGAAUUUCCAAAGGCUAUGAAACGAGUGUUAACUAACUGGCUGUUAACUUGCAAUAACUUAAGCGCCGUAUUUUACAUACUCGGCGCUUCGGCCUAUAUCACGUUCUUGGCGAAGUAUCUUGAAGUACAAUACGGUACGUCUGCGGCUGGUGGUACUGUGAUAGCAGGUCCCAUAUCACUAGUUGGGAUGGUAUUAGGAUUCUUAUUAUCAGGAUUAGUAAUCAGCAAGUUCAAACCGGGUCCCAGACUGCUCCUCGGGUGGAACGUACUUGUCGGCAUUUGCUUCGUCGCAGGACAAGUGUCCUUUAUAUUUUUCGAAUGCACGGACGCUGGAAUUCGCGGCAUAGAUUUAAAUACCAUGCAAAUGAACUUAACCGCUGGUUGCAACGCCGAUUGCAACUGCGCGAAUGUGAAAUAUUCGCCGGUUUGUCACGAACCAUCCAAGACGACUUUCUUCUCCGCUUGCCACGCGGGCUGUCGAACGAUCCUGGACGACAAGCUGUUCGGCAACUGCAGUUGCCUGCCAUUAGGCGAACCGGAGCAAGUCGGAGGCUACUUCGAGUAUCUUAGCUCUAGUAAAUCAUCCUUCAUUCCAGACCAACAGAUGCACGUGUUGGAUUCGCAGGCGUUCCCCAUGAUUUUUGACAAGGUCAAAGCCGGACCAUGCAUCAGUGACUGCAAAAAGUCGUAUCUGUUGUUCGUAAUACUUUCUUGCGUGAUCCAAACGCUGGCUUGUUCCGGCAAGAUCGGUAAUGUCCUGGUGAACUACAGGAGCGUUGAAAAGAGGGAUAAAAGUUUCGCUACAGGCGUCGCGCUCAUGAUCGUUUCGUUGUUUGCUCUGAUUCCGGGACCGAUUAUCUACGGAGCCAUCAUCGAUUCGACUUGCCUAAUAUGGGAGGAAUCCUGCGGAACUAGAGGAAACUGUUGGUUCCAUCAUCGGGAGAACUUUCGAUACUUGGUGAACAUCUCGUCGGCCGGAUUUUCCAUGAUUGGAGUACUAUUUGAUGCUGGGGUUUGUUAUCUCGGCAAGAAUGUGGACUUAUAUGGCGCCGCGGAAAAUGACAAGAGACGCGAAUUGGUGAAGGAAGAUGUCACGAUUGAUAACGCGAAGAAGAAAAAAGAAGCCAAUGGGAAUUUGAAUCAGAGGAUAGAACAUGUUCAUUUAUAACGCUUGCUGCGGUCAAAUAGGGUUUUAUGUAUUUUUAUAGGUACCUGAAAUUUAUGUAUUCCGGGUUUUCUGACUCCGACGCUGAACAUUCCAACGAUUUUUAGAUAAAACAAUGAUUCCAUUAGACAGCUAAUCGUGUAAAUAAUUACAUGUGCAUCUUAAGAGCUGCAUUCUAGAAGAUCGAAAAAGGGAAGCUAGGUAUACAGCUAGGUAUACUGUUGUUGCAACUCUAUUGAAACUCUGUCUUUUAUUUGAAAAUCAUGCUUGUUCCUACUUCUUUGUAAAUAAAUUAUGAAUAUUUUUAUUAUAUGUCAUACUUUUCAUGUUUUAUCAUGAUCUAUCAUCAGAUAUUGUCAUUCUUUUUUACACAAUAUUUAAUUCUGACCUUUUA